CCUAAAAGCAGUUUUUUUCUAACUGAAAUGUCAAACUAUAGUGGGAGGACGCUUAAUGUCUGAAAAACAUUGAAGUGUUGAUUUCAAGUGUUAUCAAUAAAUGCACGUGCAGUUAGUUAUUGGAAAAAGAACAUCACAGUAUGAGAGCUAGAAUUCGUAGUGUUAAUAUGUAGGUGACUCCAGGUUUACAGUGUGCAUGGUUAAUCCACAGCGUGCAUGGACAAAUGUAACCAAUAGGCGGUACUGUGCCAUUCUGCAUGAAGCUCGUCCAUCUCCAGCCUGAGGACAGCUCCGUGUCUCCGCUCCGCUCUGCUCCCUGCUUGACCUAAAUACAGCGUCUCUGCUCCCUCCAGGCACACUAUCACACAGCCAGCGAGAGAGACUCUGGAUAACGAGCCUGUCUCCUGUGUUUUUUUUUUUUUUCUUUUUUUUCCCCGGAGUUACUCCCUUCAAGACGAGCAUUUCUGUCUGGAUCUCGCGCAGUUGCGGCUCGAGCUCUCUUCAGCUCUCAUGGAUCGCGUCGGGAUGGUUGACGCGGAGCGGCAGACUCUCCUGGUUGGGAACGAGGAACAUUCCCGGGAAUAAUUUCAAUAAAAUCUUAAGGAAAUUGGGAUUAUUUUAUAGAGGAGUGAAGGACAGAUAAAAGUAAAUAUGCUUGACGAUAAAGCGCCAAGAUCGAGGCUGGGUCCUCCGUCGAGAGGUUCGUCUUUCUACAUCGAGAAUCUGCUGGGGAAUACAUUCAGAGGGGCUGCAGCGGAGGAGCGGGUGGAGACGCCGAGCUUCAGAGUGUCACACAGCCCGGUGAGGUGCCCGGGACUGGAAACUGAACGAGUAGAGGACAGAGAAGUGCUAAACUGGAGAGGGGCAUCACCGAACUCAAGAAGUCCACAGGAUGAACACUCAAACCCCGUGCACACGAGCGACCGGGACUCCCCUCCUCCAGCAGGGCGCGCGGAGGAGCAUGAGGAGCCAGAGGAGGAGAAGGGGGAUGAGAGUUUGACGGAUGACAGAGAAGAGGAGGACGUGCGCUCCUCCUGUUUCUCCAGAGAGGACAGCUGUGAUACAGGUGAUCUCAAAAUGGCCCGAAAGAAGAAGACCCGCACCGUCUUCAGCCGCAGUCAGGUCUUCCAGCUGGAGUCUACCUUCGACCUGAAGCGCUACCUGAGCAGCUCGGAGCGGGCCGGUCUGGCUGCCACCCUGCAGCUCACUGAGACCCAGGUGAAAAUCUGGUUCCAGAAUCGCAGGAACAAGUGGAAGCGGCAGAUCGCAGCUGACAUGGAGGCCAGCAGCGCCAUCACUGCUGCUGCUGCUAUGCCCUAUGCCGCCCAGAGGGUGGUCAGAGUUCCUGUGUUGUAUCGCGAGAACAUCGCCACCCCUGUGACGUCACCAGUGGUCGGCUUUUCUAGUUCUAUCGGCUACCCAUUGACUUCCCCCUUUACCCAUCCCUUGUCGUUCAUAUCGCCACAGAUGAGCGGACUGGUGGGACUUUAAAGAGGCGGAGUGCACUUGAGACUCUUUUUACACCAAUCAAUCAAUCUAUGAUGCUGCAGAAAUGUUCUUUUAGCUUAGUUUCAGAAACAAUAAAGUCAAUUCAUUGUGUGUUUGGUUCUUUUCAGUCAGAUUUAGAUUAAA